AUGGAAGCCAAGAAUCACGUCACCGUCUCCGGCAACAUCCACGGCUGCUCCACCGCCACAAACACCACCCUCCUCCAGCACUACUCCCUCACCGUCCAACGAUACUCCUUCACCGUCCAACGCCACCACUCCACCUCCGCAACAAACCCCUCCUUCCACUUCGCCGCAACAACAAGCUACCCCGCAGCCACAAACCCCAUCUCCGGCGGCUCCGCCGCCUUCUCCGCCAUCACCGCCACCUGCUACUCCAUCACCACCACCUAG